GCAGCCGGGAAGCUGUCCCCUCCCGCCUCUCUCACACACUUGUUAUUCCCCGCACCAACUUUGGCGGGUGUGUGUGUGUGGUUUAGAGGAUUUCCUAUUGCUCUAGCAACAGGAAUAAUGCACCUGACUCCGGCGGGGGGAAGCGGCCGGUCGGGCCAGCGGAGCGAGGCGCGGAUGCGAAAGAAAUAAAGGAGACGAGAGCGAAGAGGAGGCAUCCGGCAGCGCUGGUGGAGGAGCGCACAGCAGUGUGUGCGCGGCGAGGGGCCCCCGGCUGAGCCGUAGGACUGCAAACAAACCCCCCACGAUGCGGAAUUAGAAGCGAUCCCCGUGUCAUUGCACUGGGCUGGCUGUGAGGAGGUGUCUGGGGAGCACCCGGCGCUCGGAUCCUCCGGCUGCGGAGAGACCAGGAGCUCUCGGCUGAGAAGAAGGGGGGAGCAGCGGAGAAUGGGGCAGCGGCCGCUGCCCCCGAGGGCGAGCAGCAGGUGCCAGAGGCAGCAGGAGCGGCCUCUCCCCCAGCGGAGCAGGAGACGCGGGGGCCUAGGGGCGUCUGGGGCCGGGCUGCUGCCGCUACUCGUGCCCCUGUGGCUGUGCGCAGCGGGGGGCUGCUCAGCCCAGCUCUACAACCUGAGCCUGGCGGUGGAUGAGGGGCUCCCGGCGGACACGCUGGUCGGGGACAUCCGGGCCGGGCUGCCCCCGGGCGACGGGCAGCCGGGAGGCUUCUUCUUGUCGGAGGGGAGCGGCGAGUCGGCGGUGCUGGCGGAUUUCCACGUGCAGCCGGACACCGGCAUCAUCCGCACGGCGCGGCGGCUGGACCGGGAGCGGCGGGCGCGCUACAGCUUCGUGGCGGCCACGCUGCGCGGGGAGAUGGUGCAGGUGGAGAUCGCGGUCACCGACGUGAACGACCAUCCGCCCCGCUUCCCGCGGGACUCGCUGCGGCUCAACGUCUCCGAGCUCAGCCCGCCCGGCACCGCCUUCCGCCUCCCGGGCGCCCGGGACCCGGACGCCGGCAGCUUCGGCACCCAGGGCUACACGCUGUUGGCCGAGGGGCAGGAGGAGGCGCCGCCGCUCUUCCAGCUGCGCUACGGCUCCCCCCCGGAGCCGCUGGACCUGGUGCUGCUGCGGCGGCUGGACCGGGAGCGGGCGGACUCGCACCGGCUGGUGAUCGAGGCCUGGGACGGGGGCAGCCCGCGGCUGAGCGGCCGCCUGCAGGUGGAGAUCCGGGUGCUGGACGAGAACGACAACGCGCCCGCCUUCAGCCAGAGCGAGUACCGGGCCCGCGUGCGGGAGGACGCGGCGCCGGGCACCGCCGUCUGCCGCCUGCAGGCCACCGACCCGGACCUGGGUGCCAACGGCGAGGUGCGUUACCUCAUCAACCGCCGCCAGAGCGACCCCGCCGCCUACUUCGCCGUGGAGGAGCGGACCGGGCUGCUGCGCGUCAACCGCCCGCUGGACCGCGAGGCCCGCGCCCUGCACCGCGUCAUGGUGCAGGCGCGGGACGGCGGCGCCGAGCCCGAGGUGGGCAGCGCGCUGGUCUCCAUCGCCGUGCUGGACGUGAACGACAACAGCCCGGCCAUCCGCGUGCUCUACCUGACCGAGGGCGGCGGCGCCCGGCUCUCCGAGGCCGCGCGGCCGGGGGACUACGUGGCGCGCGUCUCCGUCUCGGACCCCGACGAGGCCGGGGACGAGCUCGGCCUGACCCUGCAGGGCGGGGACGGCACCUUCGCCCUGCGGCCCGGCGGCGCCGCCGGCCUUUAUUUCCUGUGCGUGGAGGGGCCCCUGGACCGCGAGAGCCGCGACCUGUACGAGCUGCGCCUGGCGGCCACCGACGCCGGCUCCCCGCCGCUCUCCGCCCACGAGACGCUGCUGCUCCGCAUCGCUGACAUCAACGACCAGCCGCCCGCCUUCCCCCAGCCCCGCUACGGCGCCGCCGUCUCCGAGGCCGCCUCUCCCGGCACCACGGUGCUGCGGCUCAGCGCCUCGGACGCCGACGAGCCCGGCUCCCCCAACGCCCAGGUGCGCUACGCCCUGGAGGCGGCGCCGGGCCCCGCGGGGGAGCCCUCGGCCGUCGAGCUCUUCCACAUCGACCCGCUGAGCGGCGUGAUCAGCACCCGGCGCGGCCUGGACCGCGAGCGGGAGGCGGCGCUGGAGCUGCGGGUGGUGGCGCGGGACCUGGGGGAGCCGCCGCUCUCCGCCUCCUGCCUGGUGAGCGUCCGGGUGGAGGACGCCAACGACAACGAGCCCGUCUUCGAGCAGCAGGUCUACAACGCCAGCCUGGCCGAGCACGCGGGGCCCGGGCACUGCCUGCUGCAGGUCAAGGCAACAGAUGCAGAUGCAGGCCAGUUUGGUCGUAUCGAAUAUUUUCUUUAUGAUGGAUUCCAUAACUAUGAAAAAUCUAAAGCAUUCCAGAUAGAUCUCCAUACAGGACACAUCUGUGUGUGUCAAGACAUUGAUAGGGAAGGGGAUCCAGCCACUUAUGAUCUCCUAGUGAAAGCUACAGAUGGGGGUGGGCUAAGUGCCCAAGCUUUUGUUCGUAUUGAGAUAGAAGACAUUAACGAUAAUCAACCUAUUUUCGACCCUGCCAGCUAUGUGACAAGCAUCAGUAGUCAUACGCACCCAGGAACAGAGAUCAUCAAUGUUGUUGCCACAGACAGGGAUUCAGGGAUAUAUGGAGUUGUGACAUAUGAGCUGGUUCCAGGAGAGUUUUCUUCCCUUUUCACAGUGGAUACUUCUUCAGUGUAUUGUAUUAAGUACUCAUAUUAUCAGUUGCUUAUUUUUUUACAUUGGUUGUUUUUGUUCCCACUUGUAGAUACUUUCGAAGUGAUCUCUUACACAAUUUCCUCUGGUGAUCCUUAUGGAAGAUUCUCUAUUGACCCUCAGUUUGGUAUCAUUCUCACCAAAAAGCAGCUGGACCAUGAAACUCAGUCUCUCAUUGUCCUUACUGUCCAGUCACAGUUAGGCAGCUCCCCUGUCUACAGUAGCACCCAGGUCAAUAUAUCUGUGAUUGAUGUCAAUGACAAUCCUCCAGUAUUUCUUACAGAAUCUGAUAAGAUAACUAUAUCUUAUAGUACAGUUCCUGGCACAGCUCUGUACAUUGCUCAUGCAGAAGAUAAAGACAGUGGGCUAAAUUCAGUAAUCAAAUAUACUAUUGCAAACAGGCAGUCAAAUGCAUUUACCAUUGAUCCAAGCCUUGGGGUGGUAUAUCUCACCAGGACUCUGUUCACAGAUAAGCAGCAUGAAUACGCUCUCCACAUAACAGCUGAAGAUCACGGAACUCCUCCACUGAGUUCUCUGCUAAAGCUGACAGUGAUUGUUGAAGAGCAAAAGAUGGGCACCACCUUGACUUUUGAAAACUUGGUGUAUCAAGUGGAAGUCAGUGAGACUUCUUCACUGGAUGCCAAAAUUCUGCAAGUAAAAGCCCACACACAAGUUCCACAGCACACUGCCUCACAGAUGGUGUACUCCCUGGAGCCUAGCAAAGAUUCUGCUGCAUUUGGAAUUGACCCUGUCACUGGCUGGAUUUACCUCCGGAAAUAUCUGAACUAUGAAUUUACACAGAUGUACAAUUUUAGGGCCUUUGUCAGCAGCCCAGAGGACAGCUCAGGGCAAAAUGCGAGUACAUCAGUAAUUGUUAAUGUCCUGGAUGAAAAUGACAAUUCCCCAAUGUUCAUGCGUGAUCUUUAUUUUUUUGAAAUUGAGGAAAGUCCAGUUCCCCGAGGUGUGGUUGGUACCAUCACAGCAGUUGACAGAGACUCAGGAAGAAAUGGACAGCUUUCCUAUUUCCUUUUGUCAGAUGGAAAGUUUUUCAAGAUUAAUUCCAACACAGGUGAAAUUAUAAACUGGGUUGCAUUAGACCACGAGCAACAAACUCACCAUCAGUUGAUCGUACUAGUAACUGACCAUGGUGACCCCCGGCAUAAUGCCACAACAACUGCAUAUAUCUUAGUUGCUGACCUCAAUGAUAAUCAGCCUUACUUCCCUCAGAUUCCAUCUGGAAAAGAAGUAACCCUCAAGGUUUUGGAAGGACAGCCAGAAGGUACACUUGUCACCACUGUGUUUGCAAAGGACCUUGAUUUUGGAAACAAUGGUGUAGUGUUAUAUUCAAUAUUGUCAGAAGAUAGUUUCAGUCAUUUUCAGAUUGAUCCCAACAGUGGCGAGUUAAGAACAACUGAAGCUCUUUCAUAUAAUUGGAGACCUAACUACAGAAUACUAGUCACUGCAAGUGACCAAGGAAUUCCUCCUCUUCAAGGACAUGCAGUUGUUAACAUCCAGGUAAUCCCAUUUUCUAAAGGGAGAUCUGUCUUUUCUCAAGAUAUCAGGCACUUUGUCAUACCUGAGAAUUUUAAACCUGCACAAAUAUUGAGCUCGGUGAAGUUGCCUGGUCAUUAUCUGCAAACCAACAGAAAACUGCAUUUUAGUAUCUCUGAAGAAGAGGAUGAUGAUCAUUUUGAAAUAGAUAGUUCAACAGGGGAUCUGUUUCUUUCCAAGGAACUUGACUAUGAAACAAUUUCUCACUUCCUUCUGAGAGUUGUCAUGAAGGAUUGUAAUAAGAAUCCUCCACAGAACUACACCGUUUUCUUCAGUAUUGAUGUAGAAGAUCAAAAUGACCACUCCCCUUAUUUCCAGGAUAACUUCAUAGUGAUUGGCAUACAGGAGAAUGUACCUGUUGGCACUCUGGUGUACACAUUCAAUGCAAAAGAUGGAGAUGGCAGUUUUCUGAACAGCAGAGUACAGUAUUCCAUAGAAACGAGUGACUCUGGUGAAAAUCCAUUUCUCAUCCACCCUUUAUAUGGCACCUUGAUCACAGCAGUUCCAUUAGACAGAGAGGUCACUCACUCAGUUGUCCUGACAGUGUCUGCAUCAGAUCAGGCAAUAAACUUGACAGAGCGCAGACUUGGUUCCCUGACAGCAAAAAUUGUCAUUUUAGACAUUAAUGACAACAGUCCCAGUUUUGUUUCUUCCUCUCUUUCCUAUGUCAUGGAGAAUGCAGAGGUAGGCUCUCUGGUACAUCACGUAAUUGCGGAGGAUCCAGAUGAAGGAAGAAAUGGACAAGUUACAUAUCACAUUCUUUCAGGCAAUGAAAACAAAGCAUUUCUAUUAGAUAAAACCACAGGGUUGCUAACCACAGCCUUUCCUUUGGACCAUGAAAGUCAAGAAUACUACAGUUUGACUAUCAUGGCUCUUGAUGAUGGCAGACCAUCACUCUCUGCAACCCAGAUGCUGACUGUAAGCAUUCUUGAUGUAAAUGAUGAGAGGCCAGUAUUUCAAAAGCCAUUGUAUGAAGCUGCAGUUUGUGAAAAUCAAGAUCCUGGGGAGUUUGUCAUUAAGGUGGAAGCUGUAGACAGAGAUUCAGGAAUAAAUUCCCUGCUUCAGUAUGAAAUCUUACCAGGAAAUGGGUUUGAGAUUUUCCAGAUAAACUCGGAUACUGGAGAGGUGAUGACAGCUGCCUCACUCGACAGGGAGACCCAAGAGAUUCUCAGUAUAAAAGUCCUGGUUCGAGACAGUGGAACCCCUUCUUUAUCCAGCACAGCAAGAGUUAUCUGCAAAAUACUGGAUGAAAAUGACAAUACUCCUAAAUUUCUCCUUCUUGUCCCUGAGAUUCAAAUUCCUGAGAAUCAAGAGCCUGCAAUAGUGUACACCACACGAGCUGUAGAUAUAGAUGCUGGCAAUAAUGGAACUUUACAAUAUCAAAUAAUUGGUGGAAAUAUUGGAGAAUACUUCACUCUAAAUGAUACUUCCGGAGAACUCUUGGCCACUCGUAGUUUAGACAGGGAGGAUGCCAGCAACUUUACCCUCAUUAUUGGAUGUCAUGACUUGGGCAGCCCACCAAGAAGCUCCACAGCACAGCUACAGAUUACAGUCCUGGAUGAAAAUGACAACAACCCUGUAUUUGCAAAGAAGAACUAUCAGACCUCUGUGAGAGAAGACGUUGAGGAAGGAUCAGUAGUUCUUGAGCUCUUUGCUUCAGAUGAAGAUGGUGGCCUGAAUGGUGAGGUCAUGUAUUCGAUCAUUGAUGACACCUUUGGAGCAUUUACUGUUAACAGUACAACUGGCGCUAUAGUUACUACAAAAGCACUAGACCGGGAGACUAAAUCUCAGUAUGCAUUUAGAGCUGUGGCAAGUGACUGUAGCAUCCAAGGCCCAAGAAGUACUACAGUUAACAUUAUGGUGCACAUUGAUGAUGCCAAUGACAAUAGUCCAGUUUUUCUACAGAACCCUUUCAAAGUUUAUGUGCCUCCUGAAACUUCUGUGAAUCAGACAGUAGCCACUGUGAGAGCUGCAGACAUGGAUCUAGGGCCAAAUGGUGCAGUGGUUUUUAAUUUUGCAGUACCUGGAACUAUGUUUUGUAUUGACAUUAAUACAGGAGAGGUUUAUCUUCAAGAGCCAUUGCCUUCUGACGGUUUCAGUUCCCACCUGCUGGUAUUGGCUUCAGAUCAAGGUGUCCCAGCUAGGACAGCCACAGCUCUAUUGGCCAUCUCCACAAGGGAACAAGAGGAGGUGAUGUCAUUCAGCCAUAGUUUGUAUGCAGUAACUGUACCUGAAAACAGUGAAGCAGGCACCUCACUUUUGACUGUUGAAGCUUAUGAUCAUAAUUUACUGGGAAAAGGCAUAAAAUACAGGAUAUUCAGUGACAAUGAAGAUAUUUUCUCAAUACACCCCAUCACAGGUGAACUCACAGUGAAAGAGCCAAAGUUUCUUGACCAUGAAGUCAAGAGUAAAGUGCAUCUUGCAGUUUUGGCUGAAAGUGGCUUGAAUUCAGCACACUGUGGAGUGACAGUUUGGGUACAAGAUGUGAACGAUAAUGCACCUAAAUUUGAGCAAAGCUCUUACAAAACAUCGGUGUGGGAAGGCCAAAUCUACAAUACAUAUGUCAUGCAGAUUUUUGCAACUGACCUUGACAGUGGGCUAAAUGGAGAAAUUGAGUAUUCAAUUUUAUCUGGUAAUGAAAACGAAACAUUCCUGAUUGAUUCAACAUGGGGGAUUUUGGCAACUAAUGCAAUCCUGAAUCACGAAGACAUUUCAUCCUACAGGUUAGUUGUGCAAGCUGCCGAUAGAGGAAUCCCCAGCCUUUCUGCUACAAGCAUAGUAACGAUACAGGUAGUCGAUGUUAAUGACAAUAUCCCAACUAUCCAACCACUAGGCAUAGUGGAGGUCUCUGAAAAUGCCCCACCUGGUUUCAUAGUGACUCAGGUUUCUGCAAAUGAUGUGGAUUUAAGUCCAGCUCUUCUCUACAGCUUUACAGAAGAUGGUAACCCAGGAAUGAAAUUUGCUAUUAAUCAACACACUGGAGUGAUCACACUGGUGAAACCAUUAGAUUUUGAAGAAACUGCUCAGUAUCAAUUGUGGAUUAGUGUGUCAGAUUCUGUGCAUCAAACAGAAGCAGAGCUCACCAUUCAUGUUUUGGAUGUCAAUGACAACCCUCCAGUAUUUACUCAGUAUUCAUAUCAGGUGACCGUGCCUGAGCUCGCUCCUGUAGGUACUUCUAUCCUGACCGUCUCUGCUAUAGACAGAGAUUCAGAGCAUAAUGGAAUUAUUUCCUACAAAAUCUUGCCUUCUUAUGAGGGAUUUUCAAUUGAUCACAAAAAUGGGUCAGUAUUCACUGCCAAACCAGUGCCACACCUGGGCAAGAGUUCAGUUAUUCAGCUUCUUAUAGAAGCCAAAGACAAUGGAGACCCUGCUUUGACUGCUGUUACUUCCAUGGAGAUACAGAUACAGGAUGUAAAUAACUAUGCACCUCAAUUCACAAUGGCACUAUACAAUGUGAGUGUGAGUGAAGAUGCCUCAGUCGGAGGGACUAUCCUCACAUUUUCAGCCAUUGACUAUGAUUGGAUACAUGAAAAUACAUACAUUGAAUACUCUAUUAUCAGCAGCAACACUAAUAACCUAUUCCAUGUGGAAACAAGUGUCAUGGAAUCAACACCACCUUACAAGCUGGUUGGCAACCUUGUUUUGAGUAGUCCGCUGGAUAGGGAAACUGCUUCCUCUCACCAUGUGAUCAUUCUUGCAUCUGACCAUGGAACACCUCCCCUGAAUUCCAGUGCUACUGUAUUGAUAACUGUACUAGAUGUCAAUGAUAACCCACCAGUAUUUAGCAAUCUGGAGUAUCGCAUUCAUGUCAGAGAAAAUAUCCCAAUAGGUAGUCAUAUCACUAUGGUUUCAGCAAAUGACUGUGAUGCAGGAGCUAAUGCAGAGGUCACUUACACUAUAAUCUCCGGAAAUGACAAGGGGCAUUUUCGAUUAGAUGGGAAAACUGGCUCUGUGGAUUUGAUCAGAACUCUGGAUUAUGAGGAAAUGAUUAAAUUCACUUUGACUAUUCAAGCCUCUGAUGGAGGGGUCAAUGUAAGAAAUGUGGCUUUUUCUGUUGUUUUUGUCAGUGUCCUGGAUGACAAUGAUUAUGCUCCACUGUUUUUGUUUCCCAGCCUGAACUGUGUUAUCCAUGAAAAUCUUCCUGCCUUUUCUUUUGUGUGCACAGUUUAUGCCCUGGAUUUUGAUACAGGUCCCUAUGGACACCUUACUUACUCAAUCCAGUCAUCAUGUUUGUCUGAUCGUGGAUCUCCUCAAGAUCAUGACAUGUUUUUCAUAGAUCCUUUGACAGGAGAUAUACAAACAAAGCAAAUGCUUGAUUAUGAAAGUCAGAAUAAGUACUGUUUUAUAGCCCAGGCAAAAGACAACGGUGACUCAAUAGCCACAUUAACAGUUCAGGUAGAUGUUGAAGGGACAGAUGAAUUUGAUCCUGUUUUUACUGAAGACCAAUAUUUUUUUGAUCUCCCUGAGAAAAAUGAAGCAGGUCAGCUGGUGGGCAAAGUGGCAGCAUCCGAUAAUGAUGCUGGAUUGGAUGGAGUUAUUCACUACUCCCUGCUAAAACCUUCUCCAUUCUUUUCUGUAAACCAGAGCAAUGGAAAUAUCUACUUGAUUAGAACUCUUCACAGAAAGAAGAGCAGUACCAAAAGGAAAGAUGACACCCUUGAAUUGUUAGUAAGAGCUCACAGCCCCAAACUGGACUCUAAAUCCACUACAUGCACUGUUCUGGUAAAUAUUUCCAACUGUCCUGAGAAUUAUUCCAUAGCAUCUGCAAACAUCUUGUCUAUUAGUCUUACUGUCUCUUUUGUAGUGUUUCUGCUGCUUGCCAUCAGCCUCAUUGCACUUAUUCUGAGAUACAAACGAAAAGACAUGAUAAAUUCCUGUAUGAAAAGAGAAACAUCAUUUUCAUCAGCUGAUUUGAGCUUGACCAAUGAAGAUAAUAUUCCUAAGGACUGCCAGAAACUCCAGAGCACUGAGAGUAGUACACUUCCCAUGGGCUCCAUAGCAGAGUGGUUGAGUUUGGUAGGCAUCAGAGAAAAGGAAGAUAUUGGUAACCCCAGCAGGCACUCAGAUUCUAGUGGUCAUGGCUCAGCAGAAGGGGACACUGCAGAAGAUGAGGAAAUCAAAAGGAUCAAUGAGCAUCCAUGCAGAAAGGGGUUGGGUUCAGCUUUAAGUGAGCGAGGCUCAUGCGUGCCAGACUCAGGAAUUCCAAGAGAUUCUGACCAGUUAUCCUGUCAGUCUGGAGAAACUGAUGUGUUGGCUGCCACUCAAAAUGCAGAGAGCUUCCACACCUUCAAAGAUGGAGAAGGAGGAGAAGGCUGUGACCAUAACAAAAUGCUAUCCCAAACUCUUCAAAAAAUUGGGAUAAAAGAGAGAGACAUAAUAACAGACAUCACAAAAGAAUACAUCUUCAUCUCUGAUGGCCAGGAUUCCCGGUAUGGAUCACUUGCAACUCUUGUAGCCUCUGAUGAGGAUCUUAGGGGAAGUUACAACUGGGAUUACUUGCUUACUUGGGAACCCAGAUUUCAGCCUCUUGCCUCCGUGUUUAAUGAUAUUGCGAAACUGAAAGAUGAAAGCUUACAAAUUCAUAGCUUUCCUAAGAAGAAGAAAUCUUUUAUUUUCCCUCCUCCCUUGAUAACAUCAGUAGCUCAACCUGGCAUAAGGACAGUGCCACCACAUAUGCCAACUAUAAUACCUGGGCAGGCAUUUAAAAAAUAUCCUCGUUCUCCCCUUAUCCAUAAUCUUAGAUACCCUUCACCGGCCAUGACUCCCAGUUUUUCUCCUUCUCUGUCUCUACUUACCAUGCAGACUCCUACAGCUUCUCCAGUGAUGUCAGAUGCAGGACUGACAGGAACAUACCAAAUUGGCCAAAUUCAUGCAACAGAGGAAGAAGUUCAGGUGUAGGUGAUUAACCACUGGUAAAAUGUUAAAGGAAAAUUUGGCUUAAAACAUACUUGUUCGUUGUUUAAUGAGUAAAACCACAUGCCAGAGCUAUAUCAUCAGUAUUCACUUUAUUUUUUUAUGGUUUACCAAGGAUAAGAUAAUUUAGUCAUAAACUUUCUCACUAUCAUGUUCUUUGCAAAAUAUGCUCUAAACCUGUGAGGCUUGCCCUUUAAUUACCUUUUUCUAUCUACCAAUAACCCUGGUAUCUAAUGUAAAUCACAUACCCAGGUGUCUGAUAGCUGACUUACCCAAAUAACAGGCUAUAUUGUUUAUCUUUAAGGAUUUCAAUAACUCUUUGUUGUGAUUAAUGGUUUAUCACUGAGGAUUUCAAUUUAAAAUGCUGACUAUUGGUGAGGGUUACCUUUAAUACCUCUCUGCCUUCCUUAAGUUAUUUUUGUGGCAGCUGGAAAGUUGGCUACCUGCGGAUUUCUCUUGUGUAGGGGAAUCCACUUGGCAUGUGCUGAGGUAGCAUCUCCAGUCUCAGGAUCAGGGCAGUAUAAAGGUUGUAUAAAGCCACCUGUGACUCCCCCUCUCAUCACUGGGACUAUGCUGAGUACAUCUCAGCUGGAGCAGAAAAUCUGGCCCUGUAUGUAAUAUAUAUCAUACAUAUAACAGCUUGUGUGUAUAUGUACACACAUACAUGCAUAUGGUGUUUCAGUGUGUGUAUGUAUUUUAUCAAAUCAAUAAAACACACAUACAUAUGCUUCUACCAUAAUUUUAACUCAGAAUUGGCACUUGGGGAACAGGACAGGGUGAAAUACAAGAACUAUGCCUUACAAAGGGUAAAGGUGGCUACCCUUUUGGAAUCAGUGGUAUAUUAUAUGUGCAAUGGCUUCUGAGCAGCUUUGCCCAUUAUCACAUGUUUGGAUCCUUUCUGGAUAUAAACUGACAUUGUUCCUAAGAGUAUGCAGGCAACAACCGUUUCCAAGAAAAGAAAUAGAAAGAAAAGAAUCAGAAAUGGAGUCAGCCAGAAGCCUGUGCCAGGAAGGGGAAAGCAAAGGAAAGUAGUCAUUCUCAAUUAAUAUAUGAACAGGGAAUUAUAAGCUUAUGGGCAUAGGGCCAUGUCUGAGAAUGCUUUUGGGGUCGUUAGAUUGGCCACCUCAGGGUUACAUAAGCUUCCUUGGACCUUUUUCCAAAGAAGGCAGAGUGUAUUUUUUCCAUUUUGUCUUGUUACAGGAUGCACGUCUAUUUUUUGAAAUUUCAAAGUUAAUUUAUGAACUUUUACACUAAAUAGUUUUGGUUUCUUCUGGAUACUGUAGUUAUUUUUUAGCACCCAAAUGGGCAGUAUUAAUUUAUGAACUGUGUAUUGGUGGAAAAUGUAUGUACAUAAAAAUAACCAAAAUAUAAUGUCAUGCUAAUAACAUGUAUAAUUGUGUAGCUAAAAUAUAAUAUUUUUUAAAAAUAAUUUUAUAUACUUUUUUUACUACUAACGGUUAAAAGUUAUCCACAUAACUUACCUCCCAUCUGUUAAUGUUCUAAUGUCUGCUAACCUGUUAGGUUUUGAUUUGUACUACGUGUUAAUAGAAUGAAAUAUGCCCAUUGUGAUGUGCAAUUCUGUACAGCUACAGUUUCAGGAGGUGUUAAUGGAACACAAUGCUAAAUUAUCUGUCUGUUUAACUCCAAAUUAAUGUUUUCAGUAUCAGUACUCUUGAUCAAGUGAGAGUUUGGUGCUCCGAAGAGGAGCAGUGAACCUUUUUAUUAACAUUAUGAUAGAAGGGAUCAUCUUUAUCCAUAGAUGAUCAGUGGAAGAAUAAAUAUUUUGCACAGCAUUAUUGUGUUUGAUUUUUCAUGAAGUGAAAACUAGGGGCAUUGGUGUUGGACACAAUACUGUAGCAUGCAGAUGACCAUUUUUUCCCACUAAUAUCACUUGUUACAGCUCGAAUGUCGUCAUCUUUACAAAUGUCCAAAACAUAUAGUGUCCAUCCAGAAAAGAUAAUAAUAGAGCUCUAUAAUAGAUACUAGCAAUUCAGUAAUUAACAACAAUCAGUAUGCACUAACUGAUACACUAGUUAGCUAUGUUAGCUGAAAAAUCAAGUGGAAUGCACAUAGAAAAUUAAGUCAUCAGUAAAAUCCAGGACAAGUUUGAAGACCUAAAGUACAUCUGUUUCCUUUAACCAUUCCAGAUCGGGCUAUGAAGAUUCUCCGUUAGGUAUAGUGUAGAGGUAGUGCCCGCUGAUAGUAUCAGCAGAAACAGGUAGACAGGUUACACAUAUGGAAGGUAGAAAAUAAGUCCUGAAUCAAGAAGAAGUCCCAAUAGAAUUGAGGCAGAUCAGAUAUAUAAAAAGUAGAAGGGCUAGAUUCACAAAAGGACUUAGGAAAUUAACUGCCCACUCUGGGCACCUGAAUUUCAGAAUCAGGCUCCAUUGGGAUUCACAAAACCCCCACUCAGCAGUCUCAGAACCCUGCAGGUGCCCAAAUUUUUGCAGUAAAAGUUCCCUACCUGCCUAUGUGUCUGCCUCUGAGCAUGCACACUGCAGUCUUAACUCAUGUGCCCAGCCACCUUAGCCCCAGAGCAAUGGGCCUGACCAUACCACCUUGUUUUGGAAGUCCACAGUUUUCCCACAGUCCACCUGAAAAGUGAGCAAAACAUUUGCUCUUUCUUGUGCCUUUCCUUGCAUCUUCAAGAACAGCUUCUUCUUUUUAAUCCCUCUUUGAAAGGAUUGGAUAUGACUUGCAUCCUAUUUGUCAAAUGCAUGCUAUAUUCCAGAUGAGCUAACUAGCCCAUGAUAUUUUAUUUUGCAUUAAAAUUCUCCAGUAAAAUUUCUUCUUUAUCUAUAGAUUUACUAAUACUGUAUCAGAGAAUAACACUAACCCUGUGUAUUGCUGUCUCAUGUGUGGCUGACCUUAAAAAUGUGAAUAUGCAAGGCAAGUGUCUGCAAUAAAUCAUGUGUCAGCUCUUUUAACCUUACUCUUUUUUCUUAAGUAAACAAUAUAAUUUGUAUAAAUUAUCAUGAGUUUAAUAUUAACUUGCCUGAAACAGUCUAUGUUACUUUGCAGAUCUGCAUACCAGUUUUAGCACUUUGGAGGAGGCACAGAACUUGUUAGUAGAAAAUCAUAUUAAGCUCAAACUGCAUAAACUAUAAAAUAAAAGACA